AUGGCGAUGAAAUACAGGGAAGUGUACAAACACAUUGCACCAGAAGUCUUGAACGGAUCUUGUGUUACAACUGGGAAGAAAAUCAGCAGCACAAUCCUAUUACAGUUAGCAAAUGCAGCUACUGAUAUUAACCCCACAAAAAAAGCCCACUCUUUUGAAAUUAUUGACCAUGUUGAAUGCAGAGAAAAUCCACAGCUGAGAUGCAUUAAAGAGGCUCUACAAAAUGAAGUAUAA